AUCAUGGGCAGGAAUCCGUUCUUCACGCGUUUUCCUUUGAACGCUCACGACGAGCAUUGCAUCCGCCAUGUUUUCUAUUGCCUGGCCAUCUUGUAAAAAUUUGGGACGGCAACGUCGAUUUUGGGUAUCCACUUACCCACUUCGCCUUUUGAGCAUCUAUGGCGGCUGCUUUCGGGCUUCUUUUAGCACGUCGCGAUUGGUUCCACGACGCUUUUUGUCAUGUGGUCAUCUUCUUCUUGGCUUACCUUAUUUCUUGUGGAUUUGAUGGAUUGAUUAGCGAGCUAGCGAGAGACAUUUGGGACUCGAUCUAUUUUGUUUAUACUGCAGAGCGUAGCGAGCGUUCCCCUUUCUUUAAUUGGGGACAUAUUUCUACUUUACGUGUCAUGAAGAGGACGAGCGCAGACUGGACAUUAUUUUGUUAUUCAAGAGACGAACUCCCUUUUUUCCUUCCCCAACAACGACCUCACUUUUACCUUCUUCAUAAUACCCCAGCUGGACCCAACGUCCCAGUUUCCUUAAGAUACCACACUUGUCUCGAGAUUCUGUUUCUCGAGGCCUUCUUGUUGCGAUUGCACAAUUCUUGCUUCAUGAGCGGGUGUUUACUGGUCGGCUUUGGGGCCGGAAAAGACUGUACCUAGGUAUAUCGCCGUCAUUGGCGAGCAACAAUGCAUGCUAUCCGAUCCUCGAGGCGCUUAUGCUUACGUCGGUUUCCCACCACAUCCACCCAGCUGAGACGUGAAGUAUUGGAUGGCAGACUUCGCCACGUACGUUGGAGC